AAGAAGGGAGUCCAAGGAUGGCAGCGCCCAGAGCCCUGCCUGCCGGCUUUGGGGAACUCGAGGUGCUGGCUGUGGGAACAGUGCUGCUGAUGGAAGCGCUCUCUGGCCUCAGCCUCAAUGGCCUGACCAUCUUCUCUUUCUGCAAGACUCCAGAUCUGCGGACUCCCAGCAACCUGCUGGUACUGAGCCUGGCCCUGGCCGACAGUGGGAUCAGCCUGAAUGCCCUUGUUGCAGCUGUAUCCAGCCUCCUCCGACGCUGGCCAUAUGGUUCGGAGGGUUGCCAGGCUCAUGGUUUCCAGGGGUUUGCAACGGCACUGGCCAGCAUCUGUGGCAGCGCAGCUAUCGCCUGGGGCCGCUACCACCACUACUGCACCCGUAGACAGUUGGCAUGGAACACGGCCAUCCCCCUGGUGAUGUUUGUGUGGCUAUCAUCUGCCUUCUGGGCAUCCCUGCCCCUGAUGGGCUGGGGCCACUAUGACUAUGAGCCUUUGGGGACAUGCUGUACAUUGGACUAUUCUAGACGUGACAGAAACAUCAUCAGUUUCCUCUUCAUCAUGGCCUUUUUCAACUUUGUUGUACCCCUCUUCAUCACACUCACUUCAUACCAGCUCAUGGAACACAAAUUCUCCAGGAGUGGUCAUCUGCAGGUGAACACCACUCUGCCCGGCAGGAUGCUGCUGCUCGGCUGGGGCCCCUAUGCCCUCCUGUACCUAUAUGCAGCCAUUGCAGAUGUGAGCUUCAUCUCUCCCAAACUACAGAUGGUACCCGCCCUCAUUGCCAAAACCAUGCCCACAAUCAACGCCAUCAACUAUGCCUUGCACAGCGAGAUGGUCUAUAGAGGAAUCUGGCAGUGCCUAUCUCCACAGAAGAGCAAGCAGAACUGAACCCAGUGAGAUUCUUCAAGGGGCUGAUCACAAUCAAGCCUACCUCUGCAAGUCUGGACUGAGCCCCUGGCCAGGAAGAUGCCCUAGCAUACUUCCCAACAGUCCCAGGUCCAACAUUAGGCUGGACCCAGAUACAGGGUUCUAUGGAAGGAGUACUGGUCACAGCCCUCUACACAUAGACUAAGAGGCCCUGGAAAAGUAACUCCCUCCAACCUCUGUUAUCGGAACCCCAGAGUAAAGAUGCCAUUAUGAAUCAACGAGGAUGCUGUAAGGUUGAACAAGCUAACAUAUGCUCACCAAGCACAUAAAAUUUUUACUGAAAUGAGCUACUGAUUUGGAUCUUGGCUAUGUGCUAUAUGAACCAAGUCUUACAAUAAAAGGAGACAAAGCCCUGGGAAUGGUUUUUGGGAACUCAUCUGAGUUUGCCAAUUUUCAAAUAGCACUUACUAAGUUGUAAUGGCAUCAAUGACUUAUUCUGCCCCUUGUUCCAUGUUCCCUAUGGUGAGAUAAGAUGACAGUAAUGAUGAGUUGACCAUACAGAUUGAAGCAGAACAUGCAGGUUAUGCACUCCCUGAGUCAGCCUCCAGCACCAGCAUUCAAAAUGAGCCCUUGGUUAUACGAGAUUUGGAUUAAAGAUGGCUUUCAAAUGG